UUUGCCCAAAAUGGCAGCUUUGGAAGAGGGUUUCACGUUGUCUGGGGUACCCUUGGGUGCCGGGCCUCACGGACUCCUAGGCGUGGAGCAGAGCGACAAAACAGACCAGUUUCUAGUGACGGACGGCGGCAGGACCGUCAUCCUCUAUAAGGUUUCUGAUCAGAAACCCUUGGGAAGCUGGUCAGUGAAACAAGGUCAAAUUAUAACAUGUCCAGCUGUGUGCAACUUUCAAACUGGAGAGUAUAUUGUUGUACAUGAUAAUAAGGUUUUGAGAAUAUGGAGUAAUGAAGAUGUAAACCUGGAUAAAGUGUUUAAAGCUACAUUGUCAGCUGAGAUAAAUAGGAUACAUUCAAUACAAGGGACAGAACCUUUAGUACUCUUCAAGAAAGGUGCUGUUCGUGGUUUAGAGGCCUUGCUUGCAGAGCCCCAGCAGAAAAUUGAAACUGUUAUCUCUGAUGAAGAAGUGAUUAAGUGGACAAAGAUUUUCAUGGUAUUUAGGCAUCCUGUUUUAAUCUUUAUUACUGAAAAACACGGAAAUUACUUUGCUUACAUACAAAUGUUUAACUCACGUACCUUAAGCAAAUACACGCUCUUACUUGGACAAGAAGAAAAAUCUGUUAUACAGAGUUUCAGUGCAUCUGUGGACCAGAAAUUCAUCUCUUUGAUGUCAUUAAGCUCUGAUGGGUGUAUAUAUGAAACCUUGAUACCAAUACAUCCAAGUGACCCAGAAAAAAAUCAGAGGGUGGUUAGGUCACUGUUGCUCAAGACCGUGGUGUCUGGUAAUGCUCGAAAUGGUGUUGCACUCACCGUCCUGGAUCAAGAUCACCUAGCGGUCCUAGGACCACCGCUACCAGCUUCCAAGGAAUGCCUCUCCAUAUGGAACACAAAAUUUCAAACACUACAGACUUCCAAAGAGCUACCACAGGGGACUAGCGGUCAACUCUGGUAUUAUGGGGAAAAUUUAUUUAUGCUACAUGGAAAAUUUCUUACUGUGGUUCCAUAUAAGUGUGAAGUAUCUUCAUUAGCAGGUGCUCUUGGAAAACUGAAGCAUAGUCAAGAUCCAGGCCCUCAGACUGUGCCUCAUUUUGUAAACUGGGAAACAUCUCAGGGAUAUGGACUUCAGAGCUCAGAGCAUUCGAAGAGAAUUUUAAGGAGAAGAAAAAUUGAAGUGAGUGUACAGCCUCCAGCAUCCAAACAACUUUUGUCAACUAUAAAGAAAGAUUCAGAAAAACACAUUGAAGUAGAACUAUGUAAAUUUUUGGCUAUUAAGCAGACACCUGACUUUCAUACUGUUAUUGGGGACAUAGUAUUAGAACUUCUGGGAAGACAUAAAGCAGAACCAUCAUUUUAUCCCCGGAACUCUCUGAUGCAGCUUGUCCAAACACAUGUGCUUUCUUACAGCCUGUGCCCUGGCUUGAUGGAGGUUGCCCUAGAAAAAGCAGAUGUACAGAUGUUACAGCUCUGUCUACAACAGUUCCCUGACAUUCCUGAGUCAGUCACCUGUGCUUGCUUAAAAAUUUUCUUGAGCAUUAAUGAUGACAGUCUUCAAGAAGCAGAAAUCAAUAUGGAAUCAGUUUCUGACUAUAGUGAUUCUGUGCAAGAGGAGAAAAUGGAAGAGCAAACGGAAAUUCUUCACAAUGGCUUCAGUCCUGAAGAGAACUGUGAUAACUGUGAUCGGGAAUUAAAUGAAAAGUCUCGGGCCGCAGCAGAGGAGACCACUUCGUGCCCUGUGAUACCAAAGAGAGCCGCUCUGCUAAAUGCAAUUCUUCAUUCAGCUUAUAGCGAAAUGUUUCUUCUGCCUCACUUGAAAGACAUCCCGGCACAACAUGUCACUCUAUUUCUCCAGUAUUUGUAUUUCCUUUAUCUGAAGUGUAGUGAAAAUGCUACUAUGACUCUUCCUGGGCUACACCCUCCAACCCUGAACCAGAUUAUGGAUUGGAUAUGUCUACUUCUGGAUGCUAACUUUACUGUUGUGGUAAUGAUACCAGAAGCAAAAAGGCUACUGUUGAGUCUUUACAAGUUUGUGAAAUCCCAGAUAUGCAUUUGUUCCGAGCUCAACAAGAUUGAAGUAAGUUUUCGUGAGCUGCAGAAACUAAGUCAAGAAAAGAACAAUAGAGAAUUAUAUUCAAUUGAAGUGCUGGAACUCUUCUGAUAUUACCAGUUCUCCUUCAUAGACAUUUUAUGAAGCUCUUUCAUGUGAAUUCUACUCAUCCAGACAAGAGAUGUGUUUUGUUUGUGACUGUCUCUCAGUGACAAGAGAAAUGUGACAGCUAGUACCUGGACCAUCACUUACUGAUGCGCCUAGGUUGGACUGUAGGUUUCAUGUGAACCUAUUUUAGUUUAUGGACAGUGGUGGGGAGAGGUUCUGAAACUUUUUUUAAAUAUGUAACUGAGCUGAUUUUAAGUAAACUUAUUUGUGUAUUGAUAAAAAUCUAAUUUCUUACUGUGUGUUUUGAUUAGUUCUUCAUUUA